AUGGUAGUCAUCGUCACUCUUCUUUUGGCCAAGAGGCUGGGAACCUGGGCGAUAUAUCUGGACGGUCUUGGCACGCUCGGCACCAUUGGUCGGCCCAGUGGCAUCGCUGCGGCCCAGGUUCGCAGCCCCGACAGCCCGCCCAAGCUCGGCAAGCAUCGCCUUCAGCUCCUUGACCUCUUCCCGGAGCUUCUGCACCUCCAACACUGCCGGCUCUUCCUCGACGUUGGCCUUGGCCAGGCUGACAGUCUUGUUCCAUCCAUCGCUCUCAAAGUCCAGCUCGUCUUCCACCUGCUCCCACUCCUCCUGCACGUCGUCGUCUUCUUCGCCACGCGACCGGUUGGCCCUGAUCUCGCCGGCCGCCCUCAUCUCGAACAGGGCCGUGAAGAGCAGGAGCGGCGAGUACAGGACGGCCAUGACGACGUCGUUGAGCCGCUCGUACAUGCGCUUGUCCAUCCACCACUCAAAGGGCAGCGCGACCAGGAACACCUCGAUGAGGUUGAGGGGCGCGAUGUAGACGUUCUCGUCGGGCGCGCGCACGAACUGCAUCGUCUUCUGCGCAAACAGCGCCAGGAACUCGUCGUCUGCAUUUUCGUAAAUGUCCUCGUAGGCAGAGUUGUACAGCGCAAUGAGAAUGUUGAGCAGGAUGACCAUGACGAUGAAGGUGAAGAAGUAGUAGAGUAUGAUGCCGAACGGGUGGCUAAACUUUUCAAAGCCGCUAAAGUCGGGGCUCUGCAUGAGCGCGUUGGCCAUGGACUGGAUGAUGAAGCCCGUGUCGCUCAGGGCGUGGUCGUCUGCGUAGUCGAGGCCGAUGAAGCUCUGGAAGAAGCCGACGAUGAUGAUGGUGAGCAACGCGAAGAAGAUGAUGGACUCCUUCAUCAUGACCUUGAGAACGACCAGCAUGGCGCCGAAGAAGCGGAACGUGUCGAGGUACAGCAGCAGCCUGAUCCAGAAGAGAGGCGCGCUGACGGCCAGAAAGUUGUAGCUGAGCUCGUUGAGCUGCUCGCGGUCCGUCUUGCCAUCUUCGUCCUGGGCUGGCCCGUCUACGGGCUUGCUAAAGGCGAAGAAACGAAUGCCCAGGCUGACCAUCAGCAACCCAUAGAGAACGCUAUUCAGAGCAUUCCAGAACCCCAAGAUGCGAUAGCCCGCCUUCCAGACCUUGGUGACCUCGUCGCAAAUGAAACCGAGCGUAAAGAGGUACAUGAGACCCUCGACGAUAUCAAGUUCGCCGGUGCGGUUGACCGUGCUGAUGGCGCCCGUGUACAGGCCCAGAUAGAUGAAGGAAAUCACAAGCUGGGCUGCGUUCUGGUAGAUCGGGGCGCGCAUGCGAUCGGGGUCCAUGUGGACGAGGAAGCUGGUGUCAGCCUUGUCAUGGUAGUCAAUAAAGUUGGAGGGAUCAUCCUCAUCCUGAACCAGCCAACCGCGCCACAGGUGACUGAUGCAUUUCUGAUAGCCAGAGGAGCCGAUGACGCGCAGGGCAUGCAGGUCGACGGCGCGUUCAAUGACGUUGGCCGCGGGCAUAUCCUCUCCAUUGAUGGUGAUUGA